GUAGGGAUUGUUUUUCAAAAUAGCUUAGCUAGCUGCAUAGCUAGCUGAAGUAUCUUAUAUACUACGUUAUUAUCAUUCACUUUUAUAACGCACCAUAAUUUAAAUAAAUGUGAAUAUUAAACUUCUAGCAGAGUCAUGAAUGGGAGUACAAAUCCGCUCUUGGACAAAGAAGAACAUGUUUUGAAGCUCGGAGAGAGCUUUGAGAAGAGGCCAAAAUCAUCAUUUCACACCAUCAGAUAUGAUUUCAAACCAGCUUCAAUUGACACAAGCUGCGAGGGAGAGUUGCAAGUCGGUAAAGGAGAGGAAGUCACCAUCACAUUACCUCACAUUCCAGUAAGAGGCUCUACACCACCCAUGACAGUAUUCAAAGGGAAUAAGCGGCCAUAUCAGAAAGACUGUGUUCUUAUCAUCAAUCAUGACACUGGGGAGUACAUGCUGGAGAAGUUGAGCAGCAGUAUCCAGGUCAAGAAAACCAGAGCGGAGGGCAGCAGUAAGAUCCAGGCCAGGAUUGAGCAACAGUCGGUGCGUGCCACUGCCACCCAGCCUCCAGCGCAGUUCCGUGCCCCCACUAAGCCUGGUGCAGGGGCCAAGACCUCCCCCUCCCCUUCCAAGGACAACCCCUCCCCUGAGCCCCAGCUAGAUGACAUCAAGAGAGAGCUGCGAGCGGAGGUGGAUGUUAUUGAACAAAUGAGCAGCAGUAGCGGCAGCAGCUCAUCUGACUCUGCCAGUGGCUCUGGUAGUGGGGACGACAGCUCCAGCAGUGAUGGGGAGCAUGACGCCCCUCAUCCCCAACCUGUCCCACUCCCUCUCCCCCACAUCCAGUCCUCCCCCAACCCCGUGGUCAACGGAGGAGCAGACAGGCAACAGGGCAGCAACCAGCUGAUGAACACGCUCAGGAAUGACCUCCAGUUGAGCGAGUCAGGCAGCGACAGUGGUGACGACUGAACUGCCCCCAGUCUCUCUCCUGCCCUCUCUUUCUACCUCUCAUUAUUACACCAUCUUGCUUUCCUUUUUCUUCUCUUUGCCUGGUUCAGUUGUUUUGUUGCUGUGGUAACCGACCCAACUGUAAAGUCUGGUUUUAUUGUAUUUUUGAAUGUCUCUGUGAAGCCAGCGAACCUGGAGAUUUAAUAGUGUAUUUUGGAUUAGCUGUA